CGUCACAUACGCUAGUAUCAUCCGGUUGUCUCCAGUUCUCAAAUAAUCACAGUGAAAGCCAUUUAGCAAUCAUGGCUGUUCGUAACUGCACCGAAUUUCUGGCGCGCCGAGUAUUGAAGUACAACAGUGUAAGAAAUACAAUUUAUGCGAUCCCUACGAGGGCCAGCUCAUGGUGGAGCUAUGUUCUCGAGGGAGAACCCGAUCCCAUCCUGGGAAUCAAAGACCAGUUUAAUUUAGACACAAAUCCAAACAAGAUGAACUUAGGCGUUGGAUGCUAUCGUGAUGAUAACGGUAAACCAUACGUAUUACCAUGUGUUCGCAAGGCAGAGGAGAUAAUCCGAUCAAAGAAGCUAGACAAAGAGUAUCUGGAUAUUUCCGGUUUGACCGAAUUUACAAAAGCCUCAGCUAUCCUGGCAUUUGGUGAAGACAGUGAAAUUCUCAAACGCAAAAGGAAUGUUACAGUACAAGGCAUUUCGGGCACUGGGUCACUUUGCCUUGGAGCCCAUCUUUGUGGCAAGCUAUUUCCUGGAAUUAAGGAGAUAUGGCUGCCGAAUCCUACAUGGGGAAACCACAGACUCAUUUUUAAAUAUGCCAACUUACAACUCAAUCAUUACCGCUACUAUGAUCCCGAGACAUGUGGGUUUGACGCUGGAGCAGCUUUUGAAGACUUAUCUUCCAUUCCAGAGAAUUCAAUUGUUCUGUUCCAUGCCUGUGCACACAACCCAACUGGUGUUGACCCAACGCCCCACCAAUGGAAAGUGAUGUCAGAGAUAGUUAAGAUGCGUAACUUGUUGCCUUUCUUUGACAUGGCAUAUCAAGGCUUUGCGAGUGGUGACGUCGACAAGGAUGCGGCAGCUGUAAGAAUAUUUGCCGAAGAUGGACACCUUCUUGCGUUAGCACAGUCAUUCUCCAAGAAUAUGGGAUUAUAUGGUGAGCGUGUUGGUGCAUUUACAUUGGUAUGCGAGUCCGAGGAAGAAGCGAAACGCGUGGAAUCGCAACUUAAAGUCAUCGUACGGGCAAUGUAUACCACCCCACCCCUCAGUGGUCCAAGAAUCGUGGAAACCAUUUUAAACACACCUGAACUGAAAACCCAGUGGUUGAGGGAGCUGAAAGGUAUGGCUUAUAGAAUUAUGCUAAUGCGUCAACAACUCGUAGACAACCUGGAGAAAGAAGGGUCGACUCGUAAUUGGCAGCACAUCACUGAUCAGAUCGGUAUGUUCUGUUACACUGGACUCACAAUCGAACAGGUGGACAGGAUCACAAAGGAGUUUGGUAUACACCUCACAAAAGACGGAAGAAUCAAUGUGGCUGGUAUAACAUCCAAGAAUAAUCACUAUCUUGCCCACGCUAUCCAUGAAGUAACAAAACAUGACACUGUUCCCUCAGUCAGUCCAUUUAGUGACACGUCAACUGAACCUGAAAGAGCGCAUGCUCAAUGAAAUAUAGACUGACUUACUGAACACACCACUGAAAUGACACAGAUAUAAGAAUUUACAAGUCUACAUACAUCAUACAUGCAAUUUUGUAACCAUGGUUAUAGACAGGGUUAUAGCCAGGAAAUAAAAAGAGCCAGUCCAAAAUUUACAUUGAAGUGCAAGAUAUAGUAAUUGCCGCUCUGCAUAUUUAUACUAUUAUUUGUUGAUUAUUUAUGGUUUUAUGGUAAAAACUGAAAAUUAUCAACUACACAUUGACAGGUUUGAAGAAAUAUAGCCUGUCAAAUUGUGUGUCUUUCUAAAAUAAAAGGUGGCUGGCUAAAAUCCUGAUAGUAAAGGUAUUGUGUGUUAUCCUGCAUGGUCAUGCUGCUUUGUGAUCACAUUGAUACCUCUACGGCAAUACAAAGCAUUCAAUAAUUUACAAACAUUUAAAAUGAUACAAUGUGAUUUGACAUUGUUAAAGUGUGAUGGCACAAAAAAAGCCCAUACUAAUGAUAAGGUAUUGUAAUUUGCAUACAAAUAUGUAUAGUUCUAUCUAGAAUAGUUUGUGGUAUUAAUCUUUGAGUUUGACAUUUUCAAUGGUUGGGAUGGAUUAACCUUUUCACCACCAGACUUUCAGACCCAAAUUUUUCUGCACAUUUUUUCUUAUAUUCUUCAAUCUUCUUCUAAAUGAACCCUAAUUUUGGAGCCAACAAACAAAAUUCGAGUAAAUUUUCUGUUUUUACUCAAAAAAUGUGGCUUAUUUUGUCUCAAUCGUCUUAAGGAAAGUGCAGACUAUAAACGAAACUAUUUUAUGAAUUUGUGAUGAAAAGAGGGAACUGGUUAACAGUAGAAAAACAUACCCAAUUGCUAUCCAAGAAAAUACAGAACAAACCAAUGAUCUGCGUGACAAAUGCAUUGAUUGCAAUAUACAGUGAAAUUAUUGGUAGAAUUAAAAAAAAAACCUUGAUUGAGUAAGCUUCUGUAGUUAAAAUAAUGUUAAUAUUAAAAAUGCAGCAUUUAUGAACCCUAGCAUAUCAACUGAAUGAAUAAUUAAAGCCAGAGAAUGUGCAUACUUAAUGUUGAAGUUAUUUAUUAAGUAUUAUACAAUUAUAACUACAUAUUUCAAUCCAUAUUUCGUUUUAUCAACUUACUCAAAUCAGCUGUCAUAUUUAUUGAUAGAACAGCAGUUUCAAGAAAAAAAGUUUAGGGUAUUUUGCAUAAAUUAUAUUUCAAGUACACUGUUGUAACAUGAUAAUUAAUAUGCUUACAUAGUUUAUUUAUUUGUUUGCACUCUGUAAAGACGACACUAUGAGUUAUUAUUUUUAUACCGUUAUUUAUAUUUAUGUAAUGAACGACAUUUACAUACAAUGAAGCAAUCUGUAUUUUAAACUUUAUUUGAACCAUGUAUGUCUGUUUUAUUGUUAUAAAUAAGAAACAUUUAUGUGAGAAAAA